CCGCCGCCGCCGCCGCCAUUAGAGGGGCCGCUUUGUGUCCGCCGGGCCUGCUGGUUGACUCCUCACUGCACUGUGAAAACCAUUAGGAAAAAGUCCUUGGGGUUAAAACCUGGGGCUCCACAGUGUUACCUGCACUUGGGGCUAGAAAUUAAUUUAAAUGGCGACUGAUCUGUCUGAAGCUGAACCCGUGCAUCAUAAGGCGCUUCCACUCUUAACGGGAGCUCAGCUGAUCCACACGGACAAGUUAAGUGAGAAAGUUGAAGACGACACAAUGCCGAUCCGUCGCUCAGUGAAUUCUUCUUCCCGGGAAACUCCUCCCAAAAGCAAACCUGCUGAAGGUGAAGAGGUCAAAGCGGAUGCAGAAGUCACCUCUGAGGAAUCUGCCUCUGUUGGAGAAGAACAAGAGAAUGAAACCCUGCCUGCUGCAUCUGGUGAAGCAGAACAGCCAAAGGAACCUGAGAAUGAAGGGAAGGCGGAAACAAAGUCCUCAGAAGAAACCAAAAAGGACGAGAAGGAUCAGUCUAAGGAAAAGGAGAAGAAGGUGAAAAAGACCAUUCCUGCAUGGGCUACUCUUUCUGCUAGCCAGCUAGCUAGAGCACAGAAGCAGACUCAGAUGGCUGCCACCUCACGUCCCAAAAUGGAUGCUAUUUUAACUGAGGCCAUCAGGGCGUGCUUUCAAAAGAGUGGUGCAUCGGUCGUUGCAAUACGUAAAUACAUUAUCCACAAAUAUCCUUCCCUGGAGCUUGAGAGGAGAGGCUAUCUUCUAAAGCAAGCAUUGAAAAGGGAGCUGGAGAGAGGAAUCAUUAGACAGGUAAAAGGAAAGGGAGCUUCUGGGAGCUUUGUAGUGGUGUCUAAUGCAGGAAAAACUGUUCCAAAAGCCAGAGACAGAAAGAAAAGCACUUCCACUUCGACUGCAGAGCAACAAGUCAAGCUGGAAGAUAUCCUGCCGCUGGCUUUCACCCGCCUUUGUGAGCCGAAGGAAGCUUCUUACAGCCUGAUCAAGAAAUAUGUGUCUCAGUAUUACCCCAAACUCAAAGUAGAUAUAAGACCCCAGCUGUUGAAGAAUGCCCUGCAGAGAGCUGUAGAGAAGGGCCAGUUAGAGCAGAUCACAGGGAAGGGAGCAUCUGGGACAUUCCAGCUGAAGAAAUCAGGGGAGAAGCCCCUGCUGGGUGGGACUCUGAUGGAAGAUGCCAUCCUGUCUGCUAUUGCGGCCAUGAACGAACCGAAGACCUGCUCCACCACAGCGCUGAAGAAGUAUAUCCUGGAAAACCACCCAGGGACCAACUCCAACUUCCAGGGACCAUUGGAAAUUUCCCUGGUCCUUAGAGGCCUGUGUUUAGCCAGCCUCCAGUGCUUGUCAGUCUUGCAAGUCGGGUGUCCUGGGCAAAGGAGACUUCAUCCUGACUCUCCAUCUCUGAUUUCAGAGGGCACUGCAGAGAGCAGUAAGGUUAGACAAGUGGAUAAAGAUAAGCCCUUUUGUAGCCCAGAUGUGCUCUACCCAGAGAAGCAGCAGGAUGAGGACUCUGAGGAAUCUGAUGAGGAAGAAGAGGAGGAAUCUGAGGAGGAAGAAGAAUCUGAAGAGGAAGAGUCUGAGGAGGAAGAGCCACCACCAAAGAAGAGGAUGCAGAAGAGACCACCUCCAAAAUCACGGAGCAGGGCCCCUGCAAUGAAGCGAAGAGAGUCCAAACCCAAGCCAAGAAAAACCCCCGCAGCCCGCCGGGGGAAAGCAAAACCCCCUCCCAAGGUUAAAACCCCUGCUAAGAAAGCCAAACCAGCAGCCCCAGCCAUCAAGAAACCCUCUGGUGGCAGCUCUUCCAAGAAACCAGCAGCCAGCGGGAGGAAGGAAGUGAAACCUUCCGCCAAGGGCAAAUCCACCAUGAGGAAAUCUCUCCGGGCAAAAAAGUAAAAUUUUUCCACUGUCAGGGAAUCCCAUGGUCAAAUCCACAAUCUUGUUUUAUAAGUCAACGUGCAUUUGUAUUUUAGUUCUGAUGCUUAAACACUUCUUUAAUUUUUAUUAUUUUUUUUUCUUGAAUGAUGGGGUAAAAGCUGAAAACUAAAUCAAACCAACCCGAGCAUUUGUUAGAUCUCAAUGCUGUGCCUCAUGCCUGCCCCUCCCCCUGGAACAAGUCAUCUUUAGUUUCUGCAAUAAUUUUAGGACUUUUCUAGGACAUAUAUAAUCUGUACAUUUUACGGUGUUCCUCUUGGGUUUGGGGGGGAGGGUUGGCUUUUAAAAAUUCUUCAAAGAAGAUCUUUAUAUCUUUAGACAGCAGGAACAGGAUGAUUGGGGGAAUGUGAUUCUUAAUGAGAAGGUACAACGGCAGAAGAGUCCUUCCUAGAUCCCCUGCAUGAUGAGGUCCUUAACGCUUCUGUGAAGAAGCAGUGUAUAUACAACACUUGCACUGAGUCCUGGAGGUGCUUCUUUCUGUUCGGCCGUUAGAGCGACAGGCUGAGGAGGCGGUGCAUUCGGCUCCUUCAGACCAACAAGGUUUGUUUGACGCUUUCUUCUCCUGGAAAUGUAGAGAGGAGGGAAUUACAGUCACCAUGGAUUGCUGCAGAGGCAAAUCUUUGUUAAAAGUACAUUGCCAGCGUGAAAGACUGGGGCUGUUUUAGCCUGAGCCCCUGCCAAGCUCUGUAGUUGGACCGACGUGUGACCUUUUUCUUCCCUGGUUUCUCUGGAGACAAAGGAGCCAAGUGCAUCCCUGCGGCUGGGGGCAGCUUUCACUUCGGCCCCGUGGAUUUGGCCAGCCAGCCAACUUUGGGGACCUGAGGCUCUGGGUUUGCAUGGCCACUUUGCAGUGAGGUCGGACCCAUCCCUCUUUAUGUUUUUCUGGUGAAAGCAGAUAGCGGUGGACAAAACUCCCUGGGGAAUUCAGAAAUUGGAGUGAAAAGGGUGUGAGCAUUGGGGCAGGGGGUGGUGAGCGAGAGACCACGUGUGUGCAUCGGGGUUAGAAAUUGCUUCUCCACUGGGCACGCUGUAGGAGAGGAGAGAA